AGAGAAAUUUAGCCAUGGAUAUUAUAUGAAAAUAAUGAUGUCUGAGUUUGCAGUCUCCUGAGUAAUGCUGUUUAGUUUUGUAUAUCAACUUAAUCCCUAAUGUAUUACAGUAGAUCGCUUAAUUUCUUCUCCACUUGCCACUGCUUAAACUCAGUAGCUGUCUGAUAACUGAUUGAUACCCAUUAGUACUGUAUUUCUGUUUCACAUUUAUUUUAAUACCAUAGAAUGGGACCUUUUGAUUUGUUUUAAUACCCUUUUUCAAAAAUCCUAAUUAACAGAUAUGUUGCUACAUACCAUGCAAGAACUGUGGGGCAUGGGAUCUUUUUCAGUACACUAUGCCAACUUGAUAGUGGCCUUUUUAGGUCAGUAUUAGGAAAGGCAUUUAUUUUCCUUUUCUAGAAUAAUUUUUGUGCACACUUUCAUUAUUUACACAUUUUUUUGUUCUCUUAAUGCACACACCUAUAGUACUGCAAUCCUCUCAUGACAGGGAUUGCCUUAGAGGUAGGUCUCACAGUACAGCACUGUUACAUUUUCUGUUUUAUAAUUGCAUAGCUUUUAAGUAGGCCAGUUAUGAUACCUGAACUCUUCUGGCAUCCUUAUUCUUACAGGAAAAUAGCAUGUGAAUUCGUUUUUAUGGAGGAAAUGUACUGUACUUAAAGGCACUAAAUUUAUUAUCCUGUCACUCACUGAAAUGGAAUGAAUUGUUCAUUCUGGUGUAGAAACAUGGUAUGUGUUUAGUUCUAAAACUGGAUCACACAGGCUUGGAAGUAGCAUCCAGAAAUACAUCCUUAGCAUCAGUGUGUUAGUAGUUUUGGACUAAGUGAGAUUUUGCCUAACUUUGGAAAACUGAUUGGCUACAGAGCCAUGGUUUCUCAAGAGGCGGCAAAAUUUCCCCCCAAGACAGAACGGGUGAAUCAGAACUGGCGCUUGGAUACAAUUUGAUUUUAAAAAAUAACUGAUGCUGCUCUGGUCAUUCAGGACAACUGAAACUGAAAAAAAUCAGGUUCAUUGAGGCUUUUCAUUGAGUUAUCUAAUAAAGUGAACUAAUGUCAAAGCCAGUGAUCUGAGGGAACGAUGGAGAGGGAGCCAGGUGUGUGCAGGGUGCAGGUCAGUCCUGCUGCUUCCAGGUUCUGCUGCCAGUGUCCUUUGCCGCGGCGUUUCCCCGCCUGGGGCAGUGUUUGAAUCGUCCCUGCUGCGCCUUUCAGCUCCGCGAGGUUUCGGAUGCUGCUGGCAGUUUUUUUCUGAAAGCUGUCAUUGAAUUUGCAUGGAUUUGGAAGUCAAAGGAGUUGCUGCAUCCCCUCGAAGGAAGACUGAGCUGUCAUUGAGGGAGAAGUGGUGUCAGGGCUGGAGACCAAAUAGACAGGCUACACACCAGAGUCUUCGCCCACCAGAGGUGCCAUGCCUAGAUCUAGGGAGGCUGGGAGUUUCUGAUGAAGAGGAUGGAGACUCUUACACACCGUGCGCUGGGAAUUCUUCCCAGAGGUGUCAACUAGAUUCAUCUUCAGAGUGGAGAGCAUCAUUACAAACUCCAUAUGCACAGCAUCAACAUAAGACAAGACCAGAAAAUCUGCCAUCCCCCACAGACAGAUCCAAACUGAAUCAUGGUCAGUAUGAAGCAGGUACGAAGGAAGAAUAUAAGCAGCAUCCUCAGAAAAUUGCAGAGAAGAAAAAAGACCAUCUCCAGUGUCAAAACACUUCAAUAAAGGGUACACAGCUGGAAGAUGGACGUGAUGAUUUUGUAACUCUUGAUAACAAAGCUCUCCUGCAACAAUGCUAUACAAAAAAGCCUUAUAAUAUGCAGCUCAACAUAAGGAAAUCAGAAGCUGAGGAUGUUGCUGCAGAGAGGAGAAAACAGGCUGUUGUAGAACAAGUUAUGGUGGAUCAAUUAUGUAGAGCUGUUAUAAGUGAUCCAGAGCAGUCCACACGUUCUGAUGCUUGCAAGGAAGCUCAAGGACCUCUGGGAACUGGGAUAGCACCAACACGUUUUAGGAAAAGGACACUCCAUGAAACAAAAAUAAGGACCAAAUCAGGGCUAACUGAGAACAUGCUCUCCAACAAGCUACGCUUUGAUAGUAGGAUUAUAUCGAGAAAUGGUCACGAUGCAUGUAGGGAGUUGAUUGGAUUCUUUUUUGCAUAUGACAAAUCCCUUACUGUGUAUGAAUUUCGACAGUUUGGAAAAAACAGGACAAAUGCCUUGCCUUUCAUUCAGAAGGGAGUUUAUCAACAUCAACGUGGACAAAGAAAGGGAAAUGCUUAUGAUCUUAGUGACUUCUACAUUGGAGCCAAUCUGACCUUCCGAAGUGCUGAUCAUAACCUCCCAGAAAGUGUUAAGCAGAACCCAAUCUUCACCCUUCGUGUGAUAAGUAUUGAUGAAGCAGCUAUGGAUUAUCUGAAAGCUUCUUCUCUGGAACUCAAGGAAGAGUGCUCCAGGCAAGGGGUUGAUGACAGCAAAGUUUUCAAGAAGAUUCAAGGUACAUUCAGAGAAACACUAAGUAAAAGAGGAUUUCAGGUUAUAACAGGCUUAGGAAAGUAUUUCCGACAAAUAGACAAGAACAGAAGUGGCUUUCUCUCUAAGGCAGCCUUGAAAGAAGCUCUAAAAGUAUUCCAUUUGGAAAUGCCUGAAGGGGACUUUGAAUCCUUAUGGCUUAUUCUUCAUGAUAGCAAGAGUGAUAAGGUCGACUAUAGAGAAUUUACUCAUGCCAUAUUUGGAGAAAUGAAUGAAUACAGGAAAGCAUUUGUAAGAAAAGCUUAUAUGAAGCUAGAUUUCAACAAAACUGGGAGUGUGCCUAUGGUAGAUGUCAGAAAAUGUUACUGUGCAAAGAAACAUCCUCUAGUUUUGGCAGGCAAAACUGCAGAAGAAGAAAUGCAAUCAUCAUUUCUAGAAGCAUUAGGAGAGUCCUGCAGCAACCCCAAUGAAGUGUCCUAUUCUGAGUUUGAAGAUUACUAUGAAGGACUAAGUUUUGGAAUUGUGGGUGAUGAUGAUUUUGUUGAUAUCUUAAGGAAUUCAUGGGGAGUUUAGAAUGGAAGAUGGCAAAAAAGAAGAGGGGACAUUUUCUAAACAAGGAGUGACUAAUAACAGAGGAUUUCGUUUUGAUGUGCAUUACUUUAUAAUUCGUGUCUUAAACUGAUUUCAGGGACAGAAAUGUUUAGAUGCUUUCAGAAUAAUACAUGGCAAAUUUCAUGGAGUGUCUGUUGAAUUAUGUUAGCUACUCUUCUAAUAAAAAUGCUGUUCAUGUCUUUGCACUGGAAAUUAUUAAGGCUAUUUCCUAUACCAAAAGCCAUAUUCUUUUAUAUUAAAAUAAAGUGUCCUAUUUUAAAAUAACAGGGAAUUAGAAUACUAAAAUGCCUGAAGGGGUAUGUGGGAGAGAAAAUUUUGUUUUAUGAUUUAUUGUGAAAAGCUUCAGAUUUGACUUCAUAAACAUGAAUGGUGGCUUUUCUUCGGAAAUUUUCUUUUCACAUUCUUUGUCUCGCUUAUUUUUUCUUAUGCUGGUACUUAGCUUGACAGGGAGCAGGUAAUUCUUUUCCAAUUUUGAGGAUGUCUGCUGCACUGAAAAUGCAGAGAUGUUCACAGCAUUUAACCCCUUGGUCUGUGCACCAUCUUGACUGAUCUUGCUUUGUCAUUUUGGUCAGGCAUCCGAAGAUGAGCAUUGAAUCUCAAAGGUUUUAGUAAACACAAAUGUAUUUUGUAAAGCAUAUCUUCCUUUCUUGAUUUUGCUAAUAUGUUUUCGAAACAAGUAAUUUAUAUUUAAAUAUCUGGUUUUUUUUAUAUUGCUGUGAUUUUUAAACUAAAACAUAGCAAUUAUAUAUUUUGUCAAACUGAUAUAUAGCAUUUCAUAUCUACUCAGAAAGUAUAAAACAGCGAAGUAUUUUUAAAAAGGCUCAAAACAACCACCUCUGCCACAACAAAAAUUAAAUCAUAAAUUAAAAUAUUCUCUUCUAUUUCAAAUGUUCUGACUGUUAUGCUUUUCAAUAUAAUACAUCUUGCCAAUUCUGUAAAAUUCUUUGUGUUAAGAAAUAAAAAUAUGUAGUUAAUGAGAGAGAGACUUUGGUUUUCAGUCCUGUCACUGAAAUUAACUGUAUGUUGAACUGCAUUUCUUAAGCCUAUGCUAUUAAAAUAUAUAACUUUCCUCUAA